AUGGCGACCAAGGAGCUCAAAAAGUACACGCGCGAGGAGGUUGAGAAGCACAACACCGACGAAAGCUUAUGGAUCAUCAUCGACUCCAAAGUGUAUGACAUCACGCGCUUCAGGAAUAUGCACCCUGGAGGAGUGUCUGUUUUCUAUGACGAGGAUAUUCCGGGCGGAGACGCGACCGAAGCAUUCUACGGCCUCCACCGACAUGAGGUCCUUGAGCGGCCUCAGUACAAACGGCUCCAAAUUGGCGUGAUCGAGGGAGAGGAACCGCAGGUCGAGGGUCGCAUACCAGGUGCGAUCAGCAAGGUGCCGUACGCUGAGCCAUCGUGGCUGGCAGAGGGGUACUACAGCCCGUACUAUAAGGAGAGCCACCGCAAGCUGCAGAGAGCCGUCCGCGAGUUCGUCGACUCCGUCAUCUGGCCCGACGCUCAGAUGCACGAGUUGGACGGCAAGCGGCCAUCUCAAAGCGUGCUGGACAAGAUGGCCGAGCUGGAGUUGCAUGCUAUGCGUAUGGGCCCUGGAAAGCAUCUGAAAGGGCGCACCUUGAUGGGUGGUAUCAUAACACCUGAGGAGUUUGACUACUUCCACGAACUCAUCAUCACCCAAGAGAUCAGCCGCUGCGGGGCGCGCGGAUACGGUGACGGCCUCUUGUCAGGAUGCGUCAUCGGUCUUCCUCCUGUCCUCAAUUUCGGCUCUCCCGAGCUCAAGGCGCGCAUCGUUCCUGAUGUCCUGAAAGGGAAGAAAUUCAUUUCGUUGGCCGUCUCAGAGGCGUACGCGGGUAGCGAUGUCUUUGGCCUCCAGACCACGGCAACCAAGACCGAGGAUGGUAAACACUGGAUCAUCUCCGGUACCAAGAAGUGGAUCACAAACGGAACGUUCUCCGACUACUUUACUGUUGGCUGUCGGACUGAGGACGGUUUCACCGUGAUCCUGGUCGAGCGCGGCGAGGGUGUAGAGACCAAACCGAUCAAGACUUCUUACUCCUCAGCAGCAGGAACCGCGUACGUCACGUUUGACAAGGUCAAGGUCCCGGUUGAGAACACCCUGGGUGAGGAGGGCGGAGGAAUCUUCGUUAUGUUGAGCAACUUCAACCACGAGCGAUGGGUCUUGUGCUGCUCGUCCGCUCGCAGCCAACGUGCCAUCGUCGAGGAGUGCCUGAAGUGGGUGAACCAGCGUAAGGCGUUCGGUCGGCCGCUUCACUCGCUGGCCGUCAUCCGGUCCAAGCUUGCAGGAAUGAUCGCCCGUACGGAGAGUGUGCACAACUGGCUCGAGAGCGUCACGUACCAGAUGUGCAAUAUGUCCUACAAGGAGCAGGCAAAUAGGCUCGCAGGACAGAUCGCCUUCCUCAAGACGCACUCUACACGCAGUGGUCAAGAGACUGCGAAAGACGCUGUGCAGCUAUUCGGCGGUCGUGGUAUCACCCAAACUGGCAUGGGUCAGUUCAUUGAACACAAUUACCGCACAAUCACCUUCGACGCGCUACUUGGCGGCGCGGAGGAUGUCUUGGCAGACCUUGGUGUCCGCCAGGCAAUGCGGGCAAUGCCUCCAGAGGCAAAGCUCUAA